AAGAGAUAACGUUAAAUAAUAUAUUGCGAUAGCCACAAAACCAUGGUCAUAAUGUUAGAAUAUUUAUUUGCAAUGGAAGGGCUACGCGUAAUUGUAGUGUUUAUUGCUGCUUUAAUUGUUAAAGGAAGCAAUGAAUUUCGUCCCGACUACGAGUACCAUGCAUCAGCUGGCGGCUGGUUCAAGGUCCACAAGGUGCCCGCGAAGUGGCACGACGCGCGACUCAUGUGCGACUUCGAAGGAGCACUUUUAGCGUCACCUAUAAAUGUGGACGUCAGUGACGUGAUGCAAAGCAUUGUUAAUAAAAUUGAACCUUCCACCGGCGUGUACACUGGAGUCAACAAUAUUGUAACACCGAUGAUGUACAACAGUAUAGAAGGAGUUUCCUUGUCAGCGAUGCCAGUUCGAACACGCGAUAUAUUCUCUGAGGAGUACAGCUCGAGCCCGCACUGCGCGCGCCUGCUGCAUCAGGCGGGGCUCGUUGCAGGCAGUUGCAGUGACGAUCUUCCCUACAUAUGCUAUAAGAAAAAGACCGGGGAUCUGCGCAUCACCGAGUGUGGGACGGUCGACCCAGGUUAUCAGCUAGAUAACAGAACUGGGCACUGCUACAAGUUCCACAAGGACCCAUUGCUGUGGUCGUUGGCGAACUGGAGGUGCAUUGCUGAGGGCGGGCAGCUGGCCGUCAUCAACAGCGCCGCUGAGGCUGACGUCAUCAAGCAACUGUUCGCCGAAUACCCACCUCCAACUAUUAAGAGAGGGGAUACAACAGUAGUGCAUCUAGGUUUUCAUGACUGGAAUGAAAAUAACGUUUGGAGGACUGUCAAUGGUCUAUCGCUGGAAGAAGCUGGUUACGCGAAAUGGGAUAGCGCGAGGAAAAACAACUACAAAGAAUUCUACGGUAGUAUGACCCGCGUAGGACUCCUGGACGACACUUUGGGCGGGAAAGCCGCUUUUGUAUGCGAGAAACAUCCCAAGAACAUCGUGCCAGUCCCGAACAAUGUUUAAGUUAUCACAGAAAUACGUGUAAUAUGGAGCGCUAGAUUAAUCAAAUGCAUUACGUAAAACCGUUAUACUUUACAACUAUUUCUAGUCGAAUAAAAAUCUUAAAAAUUA